CCUACUGCUCGGACUGUUUACAAAAAUCUUUGGCCAAAAAUUCAUAAAAUUUAUUAAUUGUCUGCGUAAAGAAGGUUUUUUAUAUACUACCAAGCAAAUGGCUGCUUCACGCUCCCGGCGCAACAAUGCCGGCAACAAAAUAGCCCACUUACUGAACGAGGAGGAGGAAGACGACUUUUACAAAACGUCCUACGGCGGAUUUCAGGACGAAGAGGAGGACAAGGAAUACGAGCAAAAGGACGAAGAGGAGGAUGUGGUGGACUCGGACUUCAGUAUCGAUGAGCAGGACGAGCUCGUUUCAGAUCAGGAAGAGGCGCCCGACAAGAAGCGGAAACGCGGGGGAGUCAACACAAAGGCGUACAAGGAAACCAAACCGAUAGCCAAGAAGGAAACUAAGGCCGCACCGGCCGUGCACAAAAAGCGGGGCGGUGGCGGGGUGGCUAAGCGCCGGGUUCGUCCCCGCUUUACCGUCCUUGACUCCGGCCGCAAAUCCAUUCGCACUUCGACGGCCAUCAAGACGCAAGCCACGAAGAUCCGGCUCAAGGAGUUGGACGAUGCCCGCAAGCGCAAGAAGAAGAAGGUGCGUGUGGAGGACUAUAUGCCCACGCAGGAGGAGCUGCUGGAGGAGGCCAAAAUAACCGAAGAGGAGAAUAUUUUAUCCCUGGAAAAGUUCCAGAAAAUGGAGUUGGAGAAGAAAAAAUCGAGGCCCACCAAGCGCACGUUCACAGGUCCUACGAUACGCUAUCAUUCACUGACCAUGCCCGCGACGCGAAAGCCUACUCGCGGAGCCAUUCCUCCCAGUGAUUCAAAGGAUCCCGCCGGGAAAUGCGAGCGCACAUUCGUCACUGUCGAGAACGAUUUCAACGACAAGGUGUUCCAGAACAUCUUCCGCCACAAGCCGGCGCCCAAAGUCAGCAAUGGCAUAUGUCCCAUUACCAGGUUGCCAGCCAGAUACUUCGAUCCGGUCACCCAGCAGCCAUACUACAGCAUCCAGGCAUUCAAGAUCCUACGAGAAGCAUACUACAUGCAGCUGGAGCAGCAGGGCGGCAGUAGCGAACAGCCCGAGCUCACCAAGUGGCUGGAGUGGCGCAAGCUGGUCAAGGAAAAUCGCCUCAAGGCUUCAGCAGCUGCCAGCAAAAAUGGAGACAACUAGAACGUCUACGCAUUCAUUAGAUUGCUAAUUUAAAUAUCGAAUAAAAAAUGGAACCAACAAUAAGUUA